CGUCGCGGCCCGCGGCUGGGUGGCGGGCAGUUCCCGCCAGCUGUGCGCGCCCGCGUCAGGGCUCGCUCGGAGAGGACGCGGCGGCGGCUGAGGCGGCGGAUCCCGGAGCACAGCGGGCAGAGCUGCGGGCUGCGCGCGCCCCUGCUCCCGCCGCGCGUCCCGCGGUGGCUCCCGCGCCCUGCGGCGGCUCCCGCGCCCCGCGCUCCCCUUUGUCCGCCUCCCGGAGCGGCGGCGGCGGCGGGGUCGGAGCCCGCACCCUGGGCGACUGAGGCGGCCGUGGUCCGCUCCCGCGCGCCGCGGCGAUGCCGGACCAGAUCUCCGUGUCGGAAUUCGUGGCCGAGACCCAUGAGGACUACAAGGCGCCCACGGCCUCCAGCUUCACCACGCGCACGGCCCAGUGCCGGAACACCGUGGCGGCCAUCGAGGAGGCUUUGGACGUGGACCGGAUGGUUCUCUACAAAAUGAAGAAAUCUGUGAAGGCAAUCAGUAUCUCCGGGCUAGCACAUGUGGAGAACGAGGAGCAGUACACCCAGGCUCUGGAGAAGUUCGGAGGCAACUGCGUGUGCAGAGACGACCCAGACUUAGGAAGUGCGUUUCUGAAGUUCUCCGUCUUCACCAAGGAGUUGACAGCACUCUUCAAAAACCUGAUUCAAAAUAUGAACAACAUCAUCUCCUUCCCUCUGGACAGUCUGCUGAAAGGAGACCUGAAAGGCGUGAAAGGGGAUCUGAAAAAGCCCUUUGAUAAAGCAUGGAAGGACUAUGAAACCAAAAUAACCAAAAUAGAGAAGGAGAAGAAGGAGCACGCCAAGCUCCACGGGAUGAUCCGCACUGAAAUAAGCGGGGCCGAAAUCGCAGAGGAAAUGGAGAAGGAACGGCGCUUCUUCCAGCUGCAGAUGUGUGAGUAUCUGCUGAAGGUCAAUGAAAUCAAGGUUAAAAAAGGAGUGGAUUUGCUGCAGAAUCUGAUCAAGUACUUCCACGCCCAGUGCAAUUUUUUCCAGGAUGGACUCAAAGCCGUAGAAAGCCUCAAGCCUUCCAUUGAAACACUCUCCACGGAUCUCCACACAAUCAAACAGGCCCAGGAUGAGGAACGACGGCAGCUGAUACAGCUUCGGGAUAUUUUGAAAUCGGCAUUGCAGGUUGAGCAGAAAGAGGACUCACAACUUCGCCAGAGUACAGCGUACAGCUUACAUCAGCCUCAGGGAAACAAGGAACACGGCACAGAGCGGAACGGGAACCUGUACAAGAAGAGCGACGGGAUCAGAAAAGUGUGGCAGAAGAGGAAGUGUUCGGUUAAGAAUGGCUUCCUGACCAUAUCGCACGGCACCGCCAACCGGCCGCCCGCCAAACUCAACCUGUUGACCUGCCAGGUGAAGACCAACCCGGAGGAGAAGAAGUGUUUCGACCUCAUCUCACAUGACAGGACGUACCACUUCCAAGCCGAGGACGAACAGGAAUGUCAGAUAUGGAUGUCUGUACUGCAGAACAGCAAGGAAGAAGCUCUGAACAAUGCCUUUAAGGGGGACGACAGCACCGGGGAGAACAACAUCGUCCAGGAACUGACCAAAGAGAUCAUCUUGGAGGUGCAGAGGACGACAGGCAAUGACGUGUGCUGCGACUGUGGAGCGCCAGAUCCAACGUGGCUCUCCACCAACCUUGGCAUCCUCACUUGCAUCGAGUGCUCUGGAAUCCACCGGGAGCUGGGGGUCCAUUACUCCAGGAUGCAGUCCUUGACCUUAGAUGUGUUGGGAACGUCUGAGCUUCUGCUUGCCAAGAAUAUUGGGAAUGCAGGCUUUAAUGAGAUCAUGGAGUGUUGCCUGCCGUCUGAGGACUCCGUCAAACCCAACCCAGGCAGUGACAUGACCGCGCGGAAGGACUACAUCACAGCCAAGUACAUCGAGAGGAGAUACGCAAGGAAGAAGCACGCUGACACCUCGGCUAAGCUCCACAGCCUUUGCGAGGCCGUCAAGACCAGAGACAUUUUUGGCUUACUCCAAGCUUACGCUGAUGGUGUGGACCUGACAGAAAAAAUCCCACUGGCCAAUGGGCAUGAGCCAGAUGAGACGGCCCUCCAUCUUGCUGUCAGAUCCGUGGACCGGACUUCUCUUCACAUUGUGGACUUCCUGGUCCAGAACAGCGGGAACCUGGAUAAGCAGACAGGCAAGGGCAGCACGGCCCUGCACUACUGCUGCCUGACCGACAACGCCGAGUGCCUCAAGCUGCUCCUGCGAGGAAAGGCGUCCAUCGAGAUAGCCAACGAGUCAGGAGAGACGCCGUUGGACAUCGCCAAGCGGCUCAAGCAUGAACACUGUGAGGAACUGCUGACUCAGGCCUUGUCAGGAAGAUUUAAUUCCCACGUUCACGUCGAAUAUGAAUGGCGAUUGCUGCAUGAGGACCUGGAUGAAAGCGACGAUGAUGUGGACGAGAAGCUUCAGCCCAGUCCUAACCGGCGAGAGGACCGGCCCAUCAGUUUCUACCAGCUGGGUUCCAGCCAGUAUCAGCCCAAUGCCGUGUCUUUGGCCAGAGAUACCGCAAACCUCACCAAGGACAAGCAGAGGGGCUUCGGGCCCAGCAUCUUGCAGAACGAGACCUACGGAGCCAUCCUGAGUGGCAGCCCGCCCUCCUCUCAGUCGUUACCCCCCAGCACCACCAGUGCACCCCCGCUCCCACCACGGAACGUUGGCGGCAAAGAUCCCCUGACCACCACACCACCCCCGCCUGUGGCCAAGACGUCAGCCACACUAGAAGGCAUGAGCCAGCCAAGCAAGCCCUCCCAAGCCGGGGCCUCGCAGAGCAAGCCCCCACCCCUGCCGCCCCAGCCACCCAGCCGCCUGCCUCAGAAGAAGCCAGCUUCCGGGACUGACAAGCCAACCCCACUGAUCAAUAAAGGCCAGCCAAGAGUGCCUGAAACUCCAGGUCCUCUGACCAAUGCCAUGGCCCUGCAGCCCCCAGCACCCAUGCCUAGGAAGUCACAGGCGACCAAGGCCAAGCCCAAGCGAGUCAAAGCGCUUUACAACUGCGUGGCCGACAAUCCAGAUGAGCUGACUUUCUCUGAGGGGGAUGUAAUCAUUGUGGAUGGAGAAGAAGAUCAGGAGUGGUGGAUCGGCCACAUCGAUGGAGACCCCAGCCGCAAAGGAGCCUUUCCUGUCUCUUUCGUGCACUUUAUUGCUGACUGAGUUGCUACUGAGCAGAAGGCCUUUCUUUCAUCACGACGUUCCAUUUUGUCAUUGGUACCAAGACUGGCUAUCCAGUCUCCUGGAUCCUGCCGUAUGGUCGCCCAUCGUCUCACAGUACCAUUUUGUUCUGAAAACUCAAAGGCAGUUUUUAUAUUCAAGCUGAUUCUUUUUUAUAGGUUGUGGUUUUCAUGCAACAUUGCUAUACUUUUACUAGGAAAAGCCAAAUGUCCUAAGAGCAAGGAGGCAAAAGGCUAUUUUAACUCUAGACCCAGGAUCCUGCAUUUUCAGGAGUAGCUAAGCCUAAAAAUGCUUAGACGAAUUUGGGGGAUUCCUUAGCUUUCCUUAGCGCGGCUGUGCCAUUGCUUAGCUUUGGCACUGUCGGUUCAGCAGGCCGGAACCGUGCUGCUUCAGUCUGUUGCCGUGCCCUGAACUUUGUCCACAGACGCCAUCCAUUCCCCUGUAAGACAUAUUCCUCUGAAACCCAGCCAGUGUCUGUUUAAAGCAACUUGGCAAUUUACACGUUAGCCUUGUACUUUUCCGGCCCUGGCCCAAGGUGGCAGCUGCCAUGAUCUCCUGCAUGUAUGUAUGACCCGUUGUCGUGAACAGUCGUGCCUGGCAUACUACUGAUGGGCUAUUAGGACAUCGCACUUUUAGCAGUCUGUUCUGCACCAGUAUUCUUAAAUUGCAGUUCCUGAAUUUGGUUGAAAACUGAGGAUGAUGGAUUGCAAAAUGCCCUUGAAACCAGCUUGUGUGCCCUAGGUGUUUUAGGAUUUGCCUCCUUCAACGUCCCCCGUCACUCAGAAAGCAACUGUACACGAGUAGGUGCAGACCACAGUGAGAGGCAGAUGCCUCAUUGUGUCCUGGUGUGUGCCACUGCCUUCCCCUCCCAGCCCCCAAGGACACCUGCUCUGCUUAGUGUCUUGUCUUUAAUAGGAUUCUCCAAAAGGAAUGGUAGCCACACUGUUUUUAGCCUGUUCAGUUGUUUGUAUUCAAGAGCAUAUCAGAAAUCUGUAGAUCCUGGGGAGCCCAGUACCCCCAGACAUCCCAGUUACACUAUUUAAGGCCUCACGUAACUUUGAAACUUACAAUAUGUGGGGUGGGGGUGGGGGACUAGGUUGUAUAUGAUAGAAAUCAAAACUCAUUUGUUUCAUGAACUUGACUGCCAUACCUCUAUUAAUAAUUGUAAGCAUAAAAGUCACGGUAGAGAGAUGGGAAAUUCUGGCACGCUUUCAGAAUAAAGAGGCGAGUAUAGGGUGUGAACCGGAGCUGGAGUGUGAGCAAAAGGAAUGGACUGAAGUGUAGGCUUGGCAACAAGGCAGUGAUGCUGUCGAGGUGACACCUGAUUGAAGCAGCUCCGUCUGUACUCUCUGCACAAGGCUCUUACGAGCACGGAGCUUCCCUUUCUUUGUCUCAGAGCAAUCAGGACAAACUGGAAUGUUUUAUGAUGCUAUAUAGUGAUUGCCUCCUGUCUUUCAGAUUCUGGGUAAAAGCACGUUAGAUCUGUAUUUAAGGUCAGUCUCUCCCCCCUGCCCCUUCUCAACACUACUUGUUACGUUCACUACUCAUUCAUUUCCGUCGUUUAAGCCCUUCUAGCCACUCUUCUCGUAGACCCGAGAGGAUGGGCAGAUGCAUUUGCACAGUGUACCUCUUUUACAGUGCCCCUACCCCCCACACAUCUGUAUCGUCCUCUUUGGUGACCUGGUGCCAGCUCUCUCUCUCUGAGGAAUCACGUUGAUGCAUAUCAACAUUGGAACCCUGGUCCCAAGCUAACCUAUCAGGUUCACUGGUACUUAAAUGCCUAGGAAACAUUUUCCCACUUUCUGGUGGUGCUACUGUGUGGUAACGGAUAGUGCUUUCUACCAGAAGAGAAAUUUAAUUGACUUCCCUCCUAAUUAUCCUUUCUUAGUUAUUUGCUCUCUGCAAACUGAGAAGAAAAAGUAACUGAAAGGAAAACAUUGUAGAUAUCUAUUUAUAUUUAAAGUUUACAUUUCAUGAGUGUCGGCCGUGGAAUUCGGGCUUCAUUUUUAUUUUUAUUUUACUUUUUUGCCACUUUCCAUCAGGUCUGACUUGGAGGGAAGAGGACUCAGAAUAUGGUGCGCAGACUAGUGUGAUCUGUUGAGGGUGAGGAUGAACUGCAGCCUAGAAUGCUAUUUUGAGAUGUGUGAUACUCGAUUCAUUCACUCGGUUACUUUGGUCUAGUUGCAGCGCAACUGUAUAUACUGUAUAACCUAAACGGAUUAUUUUCAUUGUCCUAAUGCAGUGAUUUAUAAUUAGAGCAUGUUUAAUAAAUUGACUUCCUGUUAACCAGUCAUUUGACUGGAAAAAAAAAUAAAGUACUUUUAAAUGGA